AUGGCGCCAUUUGUUUUACGUCCAGAGAAUGCUCUGAAGAGAGCAGAGGAGCUUAUAUCUGUUGGUGAGCCUUUGGCCGCGCUUUUGUCGCUCUAUGGGUACUUGUCUUCGAGAAGGACAAGAUCAGCGCAGCCAGGUGCUUUGGAACCAAUCGUGUUCAAGUUCCUAGAAUUAGGUGUUGAGCUAAAGAAGGGUAAAAUCAUAAAGGAUGGGUUGCAUCAGUAUAAGAAGAACAUGCAGAUCACUCCAGAGGGUCUUAUAUCCGUCGGUGUUGUGUCUCGUAAAUUUAUUGAUCUCAUCGAGGUGAAAAUGGCCCAAGAACAAGCCAAGGAAGACGCACAAGAACAAGAAGCUGACGAUGACUUGGAAGGCGGUGUGACCCCUGAGAAUUUGCUUCUUUCCGCUUUUGAAGGCGACCAAAAUGUUGCUGGAUUUAACGAUGAGGCUAUCACGUCGUGGUUGCGAUUCUCUUGGGAGUCUUAUCGUGCCGUACUCGACUUGCUCAGAAACAAUUCCCAAUUGGAAAUCACCUACUCCGGUGUUGUCAACAGAACAAUGCAGUUCUGUUUGAAUUACAAGCGUAAAAACGAAUUCAAGAGACUUGCCGAAAUGUUGCGUCAACAUUUAGACUCUGCGAACUAUCAGCAACACAAGCACAACUACUACACGGUUGAUUUGAGUGAUGCCGACACUUUACAAAGAUACCUUGACCAACGUUUCCAGCAAGUCAACGUCUCUGUCAAGCUCGAGUUGUGGCACGAGGCUUUCAGAUCCAUUGAAGAUGUGCACCACUUGAUGAAGGUCUCCAAACGUGCCCCAAGACCUUCUGUGCUUGCCAACUACUAUGAGAACCUUGCCAAAGUAUUCUUUGUUUCUGGAAAUUAUCUAUUGAAUGCAGCAGCUUGGGAAAAGUUUUACAAGCUUUACUUGAGCAACCCUAACGCUACUGAAGAGCAAUUUAAGGCCCAGGCUUCCAACUUCAUGCUAGCUGCUCUAGCAGUCCAAGCCGAUGAUCUUCCUGUGGUAGGUUACGACCCAAUGAUUCGUCUAUGCCAUUUGUUGAGUUUAGAAUCGAAACCAACUAGACAACAACUUAUCGACGCCGCUUUGGAGGAAUCUGUCUAUUCUGGAGUCGACGAUGCUGUGAAAAGUCUCCACAAACUUUUGGGUGAAGAGUUUGAUCUAAGCACCGUCAGCCAAAAGCUUUCUGAAUUGUUGCCAGCUCUAGAAAGCAAGCCCUAUUUUGCACAGUAUGUGGCGCCUUUGAAGAACUACCUCAUCAAAAAGAUUUUCGUAACUAUCUCUGACAAAUACGAGGUGCUUUCUUCCGAGGAAUUGUUUUCCAAGGUGGUUCUUCCUGGACAGUUCGAGGCCUCUCCACUUGACAUCGAGAAGUUGUUGAUGCAAGCCGCUAUGGAGGACUACGUGACGUUCACUAUCGAUGACGAGAAAGACACUAUUACCUUUAUGAAAGAUCCUUUCGAAGCUCUAUCGUCCAGCACCACAGUUGUCGGCGAACAAAACGAGCAAGAAAAGGAGACCGAUGAGAUUGCACAUACUCCCGAAGGAGAAGAAACCGAAGUUGAGAGCGAACCAGAACCUGUUGUGACUCGUAACGCCGCUAUUCGUUCCCACCUCAGUGACCUGGGCAAACUGCUCAAGGAGAACGAAGCAUUUGAGCAAGGUUCUUACAUGCAGAAAAUCAAGAUUACUCGUGAGAACUUGAUUCAACAAACCAAUGAGACUAUUGCCCGUGAAAAGGAGGCUGCCGAAGAAAGAGCCAGACAACAAGACGAGAGAAAGCAGAGAGCCGAAGCUGGUAAAUACGUCUCUGUCGAGCAAGCUGCUGAGGAAAGGCAAAGACGCAUGCUUGAGGAGAAGGCCGCUGCUGAUGCUAGAAUGGAACUCGAAGCCAAGCGUCGUGCCGAAGAGAAGUUUGAGCGUGAAAGAGCCUUGGUGAGAGAGCAAGAGAUGGUCAAGAUGAUUGCCGAAGUGAACUCCAAGGGUAUUCUUUACAUUGACCCUAAGGAGGCCAAAAAUCUAACACCGGAGAUGGUCCGUAAAAUGACCAUUGAACAAUUGUCGAAAGACAAGAAGGAGUUGGAAGACCGUAUGAAAUACGCUUUUAAGAGACUCGAUCAUACCGAGAGAGCUUUCAGAAAAACCGAGCUACCUUUGCUCGAAAAAGAUGCAGAAGCCCAAGAAGCCAGAGAUCUUGAAAAUUACAACAAGAUGAAGACGAAACUGAUCGAGGUCGCUAAGAAGGACCACGAAGAGCACGUGAAGCUGCACGAACGUUUGUCUAAGAUCUCCGACGACUAUGAAGUUUACAAAGCUCAAGUUCUGGCCAAACAACAGGCUUACUUGUCUCAACUUCGUUCCGACAAUUUGGCGAAGUUUGAAGCUGCUAAGAAGGCUAGAAUCGAUGAGAUUCGUCAACAACGCUUUAAAGUUCUCUCAGAAAAGAGAGACGAGGAGCUCAAGGCACAAGCCGAAGAGAAACGUCUUGUCGAACAGCGUGAGAGACUUGCCAAAGAGCGUGAAGAACGUGCUAGAGUCAACCAAGAGAAGGACGAACAGGCACGUCGUCAAAGAGAGAUGGAAGAGGCCAUCGAGAGAAAGAUGUCGUCCGGAAAAUCCGCUGCCACGCCAGCACCUGCACCGGCGGCAACGCCUGCUGCGGCACCAGCCUCUGCUUCCGCCGCUAUUCCAUCUACGGCUAACUUGACUUUUGCUGAAAAGAUGAGAUUAAGAAGAGGAGGAAAUAGCAGAGCUCCACCAUCGGAGCCUGUCAGAAACUCUGUUCCUCGGCCAGCCGCGCCAGCACCAGCUCCAGUGGCAUCUCCUCCAGCACCUCAACCGCCAAUCCAGGCUGCUGCCCCCGCGGCCGUCCCCAAGCCUUCUCCUGCUCCAGCUGCCACACCGGCUGCUGUGCCAGCUGCCGCACCAGCCUCAGGUCAAAAGUUGAGUUUUGCCGAAAAGAUGAGACUAAAGAGAGAAGGUAAGAUCUAG